AUUAUCGCCGGAAUGCGUGUCAUAAAGAUGUACGCCUGGGAACAGCCCUUCGCACAGUUGGUCGCAACCGCUCGCAAAUCUGAAGUGAAACAAAUCCGUUCUUCAAAUUAUUUGAAAGGCAUUAAUCUUUCAAUUGCUUUUGUGAUAAUACGGGUUAUAAUAUACGCCUGUUUUCUAACAUAUAUACUGAUGGGUGGGAUGUUGUCGGCGGAGAUAGCCUUUGCCACUAUUGCUUACUUUAAUGCCAUGUUUUGGGCAAUGGGCAUGAAUGUGCCCCAAGCUAUUACUGCUUCAAGUGAGCUAACUAUAGUCAUCAAACGUAUCCAGGUUGUGAAUUUUCUAUUACUCGAAGAGAUGAGUGGUUUGGAUGAGAGGGAAGGGAAAGACAACGAGGCGUUCAUUUCGGGGGAAAAUGAGAUAAUUCUCGGA